AUGUCAUAUUCAAAAACCAUCGUGUUAACAAACUAUGACGGUGAAACAUUCGUGGUUGACGAGGUUGUUGCAGUGGAGCCUCAAACGAUCGAGCACAUGAUCGAAGACGGUUGUGCUAACACCAGCAUCCCUUUGCCCAACGUCACCAGUAAGAUCCUCUCAAAGGUUAUCGAACACUGUAAGAAACAUGUGGAGACACCGAAUAGCAACGAGAAGGCCGCUAAAGCGGAUCUUAAAUCCUUUGAUUUUGACUUUGUGAAAGCCGAUCAGGGUACUCUGUUUGAUCUUAUUCUGGCUAUGAACUAUUUGAACAUCAAGGAGCUGCUUGAUCUGAUCUACCAGACAGUUGCUGACAUGAUUAAAGGAAAGACUCCUGAAGAAGAGGAGGAGAUGCGCAGGGUGAAUGCGUGGGUUUUUUCAUCAUUUGCUUUGUUUUUGUCACAUGUUAUCAUCGUUGAUAUAUUGACUAACACUGGGCUGAGAGAAGCUGUAUUGGGCGUCUGGAUUGGAAGGCUGGUUGCUAGGCUUAUGAAAGGCUGGUUGUUGAUGGGCUGA